GUGAUCUGACUGAUGUUGCAGAAGCUCUUGUGAAAAAGCAUCCUUGCCUUAGAGAGCAGGGGUCUUUCAGUGGCUGUUAUGGGUGGAAGAUUAGCCUAAAAUAUAAAAUGGCUAACCUCCGCACCAAACUGAGAGGCCUUGGAUGUACAGAGGUGACCAUAAACUCCAUCAAAAACAAGUCUGGUGACAACCGUCAGGCAGCCUUCAAUGUGAAGAAACCCAAAAGAGCUGAAGUUAACUAUUGUCCACAGCAUCCAAAAGGACAGACAUCAGAAAGUCUGGAACAGGAAAGAGUUGCAAUUCUUUCUGAGUUGACUAAAAGAAAUAAUGACUCUGUUGUGAGUGCGAAAAUGGAGAAGACUUUCUCAUACAGAAGGCAAGAAGUUCUUCAGGGUCAGCCGAUGGUUGCAGACUUCAAAAGCAGAUGGCCAGCUCUGUUCACUGCGAGAGAGAUUGACAAGGAGUUUUUGCGAGUCACCACAAAGCCUCUGCUAUCCACUUUCUUUGCCGAGCUUGACCAGUACGCGCCACGCUUAAUGGAAAUCUUUCUGAGCAAAGGAGGGACACCUGGAAAGAAAAUAAGAGGUCUCAUGCUUGCCAUCUCCAAGCAUGACAACAUCCAUACCAGACGAGCAUGCAUCUUGAAGUCCUUAUGCAUCUACCUAAACGAAGACUAUGAGAAGUUAAUAAAGGAGUACUUGGAUACAGACAGCGAGGCAAAAAGCUGCAUGGAGCAAACUGUGAUGGGGGUGUACGUCAUCCAGAAGGAGGGUGCUGAACCUGAAGAUGACCCAGAGGACAUUGGUGUCCUGAUUGAGGGUGUGGAGGCUCUCACUGAUUUGGGUAACAUUGCACAAGCAUGUGCUCUGUUGUUUGGACUCAUAUACUGUUUGAACCUGAGCUACCCACCAGAACUUAAAUGCACCUUUGAAGUCCUCCAGAAGAUACUUUUAAAUCUUGAUGGACAAAAGCUCUCUUCAAAGGCACAGUUUCUGAAAAACAAGCUUAUGGGGUGAGAGCACCUGAAAAUGACUGAUAGGUCUUGAAUGGUUCAUUGGUGCAAUGGUGAUUUCCAAUAUAUAAUGUUAACAUUUGAGUUUAUGUAUUCUUUCAUUUAAAAAAUGUAUUUUUUUUUUAAGUUUUUGGAUUCUCUCUGUUGGGCAAUUCACCUUUUAUACAGCACUGCAGAUGAUUUUUGUUUGUCUUUAUAUAGAUGGCUCAAAAUGGAUCAGAAGUACUGUUCUGUUAAUUAUUUUUCAUUUAAUUUCAAGUUUGUAGUAUAGGUACCAAUUCACAUAUACCAUAAUGCUGUCAUGUGUUGAAUGAAGAUAUCAUUGGAGUGCUUUAGUGCCCCCCUCUUUCCCCCCCCCCUUUAAAGAACAAAGUCAACAUUUUACAGAAACUUCAUUGAGGGGUUUUCCUCAAGCAAUGUUCAUUGUUGGUUUUAGCUGCACUGUUACUAUGUUGUGUUUAUGUGUCAAGGGCCUGUAAAGUUUAAGAC